AUGAUACGUUCAGAGCCCCAUCCACUAUCCGUGUUUUCGCUUGUUCCCCUUAACGAGCGAAGUUCUAGGGCUCUUGAUCAUCCCAAAAAUCAACCUCAUGUCUCAUACCUCCCCGACUACAACGAUGAUGCCUACCCUUCAGAGAGAGGGCGAGGGUUAAAUAUCGGCUUCAACAUCGAGUCAUCUUCCCCUUGCACUUUGGCAACUAUUGGUCGCGAGGGAGACAUUAUCGUCUCGGGAAGCGCUAUAUCCCGGAUCCAAUGUUCCUUUGAGGUUGUUCAAAGCACGGGAAUGUUCAGGCUCACCGAUCGAUCUCGACACCAUAAUACGCAGUUCAAAGGACUCGAUGCAGUACCGUUUGAACCGGGCCGCACCCCUCGGCGAGCCGUGAUACAUGCGAUAUUCAACACCGAGUUUGCCUUUGGAGGAUCCAAUAGCAAUCUUUACCAUUUUAGAAUACAUUGGCACAGAGUCCAUUUUGAUAUCCGACGGCAGAUUGAUUCCCGAGGUUCCGAUCACUGUCUCACCAUAUCGGACACGAGUGGUGAGGAGGAUACGGCGUUAGGCCCAGAACGAUUCACUCGAAUUCAUACCCCCCAGUUUCCAAAGCUUCGCUACCGCUACCGGACGAAUUAUCCCCUGGGCCGUGGUACUUUUGGGGAGGUCUUUGAAGGUGUAAAUGUUGACACUGGCGAGUUGCUAGCCGUCAAAAAUGUGACUUUGCCUGACACUCCAAAACAUGGAACUGCGUAUAAAAGUCUGAAGAUCGAAGUCGAAAAUAUUGGGAGCAUCAAACACGAAAAUAUUAUAAGGUAUCUCUGGACCGAAUGGAAGAGCAUGCAUAUGUUUAUUAUAGUUAUGCCUCGCAUGCAGGGCUCAGUCGCCCGUCUUAUGGACGACGGUGCUUUCAUCACGGAUCAUAACCUAACAGCGGAGCUCCUCCAUCAGAUGCUGAAGGCCUUGGACCUUCUCGCUCUAAGAGGCCUUAUCCAUCGAGACGUGAAGCCCGAGAAUAUACUAUACUUGACUGCACCAGACCGAAGCUAUAACUUUAAGCUUGCAGACUUUGGUUUAUGCAAUUAUGCGACAAGGGCCACGACAAGGGCUGGUACCCCACCAUACAUGGCCCCGGAAGUACUCAUAAACGGCCGGGUCUCGCAGACCCACAAGAUGGAUAUUUGGUCGCUCUUUGUCGCCAUUGCUGUGAUUUUAAAUGUAGCAGAAUUGAGAACACAAUUCCGGAACCCUAACCUUAUCGGGAACCCAAAGAGUCAGAUAGAAGCUAUCCAAGAGGCAGCUCGGCAUAGCAGCCUGUUGCCUUUGAAAAUGAUGGCAAUUGUUGACGCCGGGCAACGUGCUUCCGCUGGAGAAAUGCUAGACCAACUCUUUCACGGAGAAGGGCGCACUACCCCCAGAGGCCGUCAUCACCCUGCAACCCCCCAGCUUAACCUUACAAUUUGCCACCCCGACAGCAGCAGGUUAUCCCAGGCAGAGGGUUGGGGUUCGGCCAUGCUAAUGGACUAAGGGCAUUAGCAGGAAGGAUCCAAAGAUGGGCAGCUCCGGGGUGUAUGUUUCUCUUGUGUUUUAGUCGAGACACGGCUGUGUGUGAGAAUUAGCCCGCCUACCUUUAGCUGCCUGUCAUAUUCUUUCUUAUUUGUCUUUCCAGCUUCGAGUCUUUUGUUCCGCCGAAGUGUUCCUGUCCGUUGAUUUUGAAUUUUUGAUGUUGGUUUGGACUCUUGGAGCCUCAAGUUCUACUACGCCAUGCUAGAAGCACGUAGAGCAAACAAAUCAAACAAAAUAAAUAAUUUCA